CGUCCCCCAUGGUUAUCAAGGUUCGAUAUUUUGGAACUUCCAAGAUUAGAGUUGGGGACAGAGAGAGGUAUUUGCAAGUUCGUAUUGAUAAGAAUGGCCAACUGGGUUUCGACAUUGGUGGUUUGAGGGGAAAAAUAUGCAGUACUUGUUAUCUCCCACCUGGUUCAGACAUUAGUCUAGUGUAUAUCGAUGAAGACGGUGAUGUAGUAACUCUUGUCGAUGAUGAUGAUCUGCAAGAAGCAAUGAGGCAGCGUCUGAAAUCCUUCAGGAUUGAUGUGCUGCUGAACGAUAACAAAGUUUAUCGCAAAUCAAGCUCCAAAAGGAAUACUACUCGAGUGAUGGUGGAUCCUGUUGCAUCAAGUCUUGGUACUAGAGACGACAACAUAGAGACCAACACGGCUAAUAUACCAGUAGUUAUGCACUUUUUUAUUAUGGUUUUACAAGUAGCCAUCCUUUCCAUGAAUGCUCCUUCAUUGCAGAUGAGUUAAUCCUCCUGUUGAAUUUUUAAACAGGACUUGCUCUGAAGCCAUAGGUCAUUAGGCGGUAUGAUGCUUCAAAUUAUUGGUGUUAGCUGUAACCGCUGUGGUUGCAAUUUAAUAACUGGAUCUUGAUUAAGACCAUUGUAAGAGGAACUUAUAUAAACCAUACUAACAUAAUGUCCUAUAGUAACGAAAACAUAGUUGAAAUCUUAUUCAUCAUUGACAUUGGUGUCUGCAGAAGAGGAUAUUAUAACCUCCAUGUCUGCCUUGCAAGAGGGGCAAUGUGACUGAUGAUCCGAUCAUGUUAGAAUUGAUCGUCCGGUGACUUAUCAACCCUAGCUACAUAGGGUUGCAUUGAUGCUUCCCUCGAGACCUCAUUGUUUUAAAGCUUUCAAGACUCAAACCUGAAACUGCUUG